AUGGGCGAUUUUAACUGUCCUCGAAUACGAUGGCCUGAUGUGCAUUUGAUGCCUGGACAUAGUGAGGUUGAAGCGAAGUUCGUGAAUUUGGUACUUGAAACUGGUGCAUCACAACACAUAUGCCAGCGAACACGCAUAACAGCACGCUCAACCCCGUCCUUUCUCAACUUGAUGUUAACGAGCUACGAACAACGAGUGUGUGACGUUAGGAUCCUGGAGCCCCUGGCUACAAGCGACCAUUCAGUGCUCAUAGCUGAUAUGGAAUUAUCUUUGCCGUAUUCACGUCCGCUGCAACCAGCUCCCAACUACUGGAAAACGGACUUCGUUGGCCUUUCUCGCUUUGCGAGCCAACUGGAUUGGUGUCUAUCACAAGCUGCAUUUGUGGAAGAUUGUUGGAUAUUUAUAAAAGAGAGAUUGACAUUAUUGUGUUCCCAAUUUGUGCCAUUGAAAUGUCGGAAGGUCGGACCGAUUAAGCUUCAUUGGUUUGAUAAGGAGUACGGAAACCUGGCUCGGAGGCGACACAGACAGUGGGACAAAUUCCUCCUCUCUGGCAUUGCCAAUGAUUACGAAGGGUAUAAAUGUCAGCGGAACCUCUGCAACAGUGCAAGAAAGAAUAAACGCCGACAUUUCGAAGGGCAGCUCGCAAUAGCCACGAAGACCACCCCAAAGCGAAUAUUUGCAUACGUGAAGCGGCGCCUGAAGCCGGCAGAUGAUGUGCCAGUGCUGGAUGGCACGGAUGGACAGCCCCAUAACCUCCAGCACUGA